AUGGCUUUACAACGAACUAGUACUCCCCAGGACCCAAGUGAAACCUCUCGUCAAGUAAACAACAUCCUUCGUAAUUUGAGAGGAGAACAUUUUCGCCACUCACGCAAUGUGCAGCGUGUCCCAGCCAGCCUACCCACGUCGUUACAUGUCAAUAACCUCCCAACCCUUCCGAUCAGCCUGAUCUAUCCUUCUCCAGAAGACGGCAAGCGGAAUGCAGCUCCUCCUUCAGGGCACCAUUCUACAAGAUCCGUCCGAGUCGCAGGACCUGAUCCACCUCGCAGCUGGACAACCCUUUCGUCUCCAAGGAUCAGGGAGGGGGACUUGGCGGGCGUCAACUUCCCUGCUUGGCGCGAACAUGCCCUCGACCUGGUGUUCUCCUUUGACAACGCCGUUCGGACGGGCGAGUUCCCUACACUUGCAUUACUAUGCCUUCAUGUUAUUCGCAUGGAAUGUAGCGGAUCUGAGUUGGCCGAAAUCAGGCCCUAUAUCCCACCUCACCUCCGUCGCGUCUUAAUGCGUCACAGUGCAAUAAACUGUCCCCUCUCUCUAAUGGAGCUGAAUGCAAUUUGCGGAGAAGAUAGGCAUGCAGACGGAGAGCUCGUAGUCGUUGGGCCGCACGCUACAUUGUGUAGCGACCAUUUCCGGCGCAUACAUUCCUCAAGAGAGUCGAUGCCUGGGGGAUGUACAGCAGUGGAGGAUACGUGGGACUCCCUUGCAACAGAGGGGAGCGAGCCUAGUACACUCUUCUGUCUUACACUACUGUCCACGUCGGUAACCUUCGGCUUGAGCGACCUCCCGCCCACGAUCACUUGCCUCUCACUCAUAAAUAUCACUUUUAAACCAGCGUCCUUUCAACGACUUCCAUCGUACUGCCCUCUGGUCUCAUUGUUGGACCUGUCUUACAACAAUUGGCUCGUGCCAGCAUCAGGGGAGAAGCUACUACAAGAUUAUCCGUGGGCGAAAUUGCGCUUACUUGAAAAUCUUGGGGUUACGAGGGUGUUGUAUUACAUCGUCACUUCUGUCGCAAGUCAAUAA